AUGCAUAGUUUGUCGCUAGCACUGUGUGUAGUGUUUGUGUUCAACGCGUGUCUAGAGAACAGCAAUGUGCAUCAGGUACAAGCAUAUCGACCAUAUGGUCGUGGUGGUCGGUUCGGUGUAUAUCGUAGGCCGGGAUGGAGUUGGCCGGGAUUCCAUAAGACAUACAGGAAACCCCGCUUGGGUUGGGUUCUAGCGAGCAAUCCAAAUGCCCACGAGGAAGAUACGAGUGUCCAAAGAGUGACGAAAUCAUACUACGAAGUUGUACACUCAGGGCAUGGAGCGGAAAACCUGAUAGAUCCGGAUACGAUACCGGAGUUGAUCGGAUUCUACAAUGAAAAUGGCAGCAUCGAAUCAUUCCCUUCCGCGGCAAAGUAUGCACGGAAUAUGGAGUCGGAAGAGAGCAGUGAAGAAACGCCGGGCGAUGGGGAGAGUAAAAAUGGAACAAACAGUGAAGUUGUUGGGGCACGAUUGAGACAUUACGACGAUUACUCGGAAGAAUAUGGUGGCUCUUAUGGGAAGUGUAAGCACAAGAAGAAGCAUAAGAAGAAGCACAAGAAAAAGCAUAAACAUAAAAAACACCAUAAUCAUCAUGAUGACUACGGUUACGGGUACGAUGAAUAUAAUUACUAUGAUAAUUACGAUAAGUAUCGGAAAAGGCGGGCUGUCCCCGAGCCAACAGGCCCACUGAUUGAUAACUCUCAGGAAUUGAUUGAUGAUGAUACGCUACGCCAGUCACCACUAAAAAUCAUGCUGGUUACGGAUGCAUCGAUUCUGUCCAACCAAAAUCAGCCGGAUAACCUAUUUCCACACCUUCAGCGUUCAAGGAAUACACGGGAAACGGGUGAGCAUCCGCGUUCGACCAAACGGCGCAUUGCCCGAAACAGCAAUCUACAUCCCACCCAUCAGUUGAACAUCGCCCAUGUGAAGUUCAUCACACCGAACGGCUCGGAGACGAUCACUCCAUUCCAUUUACUCGAAAGUCGCCCAAGCGAAGACACUAGCCAAAAGGCCGUGACCAACUACAAUUUCUUCUAUCUUGCUCAUCCGGCGGUCGAUAGUAAGAUCGAGAACUCCACGCAACGCUAUGUGAACGUAUCCGCCUGGAGUCAAUUUCCGCACAGAAUAGAGAAGCGCAAAGGCGUAAAUCUUCAACAACUUCCCGAACAUAUCAACCUGGAACGUGCAUUCCUUCGAGAGACACUGCUCGCCGAGUCUACGACCGAAGGAGCACCCCCCGAGGGACUAUCAUAUUCACUGAAAACAGCCAGCGAAGAUUAUGACACCGUUUCGGAACGAAACAGCAUUGAGAUCAUACCGAAUGAAGAGAUACGGAAACCCUUGCGUCGUAAAUUAAAACCCAAUCGCAACAACAAACUUUUUGUUCGGAAGUCAAAAAAAUGGAAAUUCCAACGAAUGGACUCCGAUGAGAGCUCGUCGCUAGGACCAAUUCUCAUUGUCGGCUCCAAUGAAUCCAUCGAUAGUCCGAAGCCUUCUGAACGAUCCCGUGAUCCAAGAAAUUCUAAUCAAGGUAUGCCCCACGUUAUAGACGGACACGCAUUUCAUGACCAAAUCAAAGGACGGCAGCGCAGAGUUCGACCAUUCACUAGUCGCGGAGAUCAAAUGAGUCAGCGUAUGGGGAAAGCUUCACCGGUGGAAGGUGCUAUUGAAUCGUUGAAAAGAGAAAGCUAUAAUAGGGUCAACCCGAAUGACCCGGGAAGUAUAUUAGCAAUGUCACCCGCUACAAGACGCAACAACCAAGCUAGACGAGGGGACAAACUAGCGCCCAGAAUACUCAGAUCUCGGAAAACAACAACGGAGGAGCCCACAACCACAACGACUACCACUACUACCACGACCACGACUACCACCACAACAACUGAGAGAACAACGAUGAUCCCAACUAAACAGGAGCGUAAACGUAUGAGACCCCGAAUGCGUCCGAAAAAGAGUAUUAACGAUAGUGAAUACAAAUCAAUCGACGAUAACAAAAUAGACUUCGAAAAUGACUCAACCAAGAUCAACAAAGAAAACAAAGGUCUCCUCAGACGACGAUUCAUGCGCAGAAAACCAAGACCAGAGAGGAAUUUAUUGCGUAAUUUACUGAAACCGAUAGAAUACGGUCAGAAGAAUGCACGGUCACAUGACGAAAAGUUGGUGGAAAACGGACAAUGGGAGAAGAUUUUUUCCCUGAAAUCGGAACAGAACAAACGAAGUGUUGAUGAUCAAUGCGGGGCGAAGAAGGAUUCCAGAUGGAAAUUGAAUCGAGUUCAGCAGAUAGUUCGGAAAGAGCAGUUGAAAAAAUGGUCCUUAGACGUAGCGUUAGCAACGAGGCGGGAGAACGGGCAUAUCGCAGAUCCAGACCCAAUAGUCGUUUACAAAAUCGGCCUAGAUCCUCCGGGAAAUCUUCGACAAUAUCUAAAGGAAAUAACGAUCAUCGGGAGUCCUUAA